AUGAGUCGUCACGAGGCGAUAGUGAGGUUAUUACUCGAGACGGAGAAGGUAAAUGUUGAUUUGAAGGACUCCGAGGGGCGAACGCCAUUAUCUUGGGCCGCUUCAAGUGGUUACAAGGUGGCAGUGCAGCUGUUACUUCGGAAUGGAAACGUUCACGUGGACUCAAAAGACUACGAAGGUCGAACACCAUUGUCCCGAGCCGCGGAACAUGGCCGUACGGAGAUCAUGCGAUUGCUACUCGAGACUAGGAAGGUGGAACUGGACUCAGAAGACGUCGACGGUCUAACACCAUUAUCCUGGGCUGCAGAAUCGAGCCAUGAGGCGGUGAUGAAGUUGUUAAUCGAGACAGGGAAGGUGAACGUGGACUCGAAAGACUCUGAGGGUCUGACGCCAUUGGCCCGGGCCGCGUCAAAUGGUUCUAAGGCGGCAGUGCAGUUGUUACUUCGGACUGGAAAGGUGGACGUCGACUCAAAAAACAACGAGGGUCGAACACCAUUGUCCUGGGCCGCGCAAUUUGGCUGUGAGGAGGUCGUGAAACUGCUACUCCAGACUAGAAAGGUGGAGGUGGACUCAAAAGACAACGAGGGUCUAACACCAUUAUGUUGGGCCUCACAGACUGAAAAUGUAGAGGUCAUGGAACUGCUACUCCAGACUAGGAAGGUGGACGUGGACUCAAAAGACAAUAAGGGCCGAACGCCAUUGUCCUGGGCCGCGGAAUUUGGCUAUGAGGAGGUCGUGAAACUGCUACUCCAAACAAGUAAGGUGGAGGUGGGCUCAAAAGACAACGAGGGCCGAACACCAUUGUCCCGUGCCGCGGAACAUGGCCGUACGGAGAUCAUGAGAUUGCUACUCGAGUUUGGAAAAUUGGAGGUGGGCUCACGAUGA